AUGGCUGAUUAUGACCUCAUACCUUACGAAGACGAUGAACUGUUUCAAGAAAAAAACGAUAGCGUCACAGAUCUACACGCGUAUUACAUGUCACAGUUUACUCUGGAACUAGAAAAUAGUAAACCUAAACCGAAAAAUGAUUUUAGAUACAACGUUGAACCGAAAAAUGAUAACUUUAGGUUUGGAGUCGAAGAAAGCUUCGAUUUCGAAGUUCUCGAAGGAUGGAAUAACACUGAUAGCAAUAAAACAGAUUUCGAAAUCAUAGAUGAAGUCAUAGACAGUAAUAUUAAUGAUCAAAACAUUAAAGAGGUGCUUUUAGAUUUAGAUAAUAUAGAAUUUGAUGAUAGCAGUUUCAAAUCCGAUUCAUGCGAUAGUAAUAAGAAAAAUGAAUGUCAUUAUAAUAAUGAUUAUAUUGAUGAUGAAUCAUUAAUCGAUGAGCUAUGUAGAGAAGAUGGAGAGUCACGUUUAACACCUGAAACAUUUAAUGAUGAUUAUUUAAAAACAAUGUCUAACGAAAACUUAUUGCCAUCGAUUGAAACUGCGUUUUCUAAACGCUAUUGUAAUUAUAACAACACUGACGAAAGUCCUAUACAGCAGAAUGUAUAUGAUGUUAAUGCAAGUCAGCCUACAAGUAAUACUCAAGCUAUAAGCAGUAUGGAACAUUACAGUUACCCAAACAAUAUACUGUAUAAUAUAGACAGUGAUAAGAAUUAUAUACUACCUGAUACACCAACUAGCUGCACAGAGUUUAACUUCGAUAGGAAUUCUAGAACAGUCUCAGUUUCAGAUUCUGUAGAAAGCGAUGUACAUAGCGGAGGUUAUUAUGAUGAAAAUUCUGAAAACUUUGAUGAAGAUGAACUGUUUAUUAAUUUGGAUGAUUUUGGAUUGGUUUUUGAAAGAGAAAAUGAAGGGGUUGACAAUGAUAGAGCUGGAUUAAAUAAUGGAAGAACGGACAAGGAUAAAUCGCAAGGUGAAAGGGUAUGCCUAUGGGAGCACUGCCACGAAAGAUAUCCAAAUCAGAACACCCUGGUGGAACAUAUUGAGAGGGCGCAUGUCAACACUUAUAAAGGGGAUGAAUUCAGCUGCCUAUGGCGUGAGUGCAUGCGCGCGCGCCGCCCAUUCAACGCGCGAUACAAGCUGCUCAUACAUAUGCGGGUGCAUUCUGGACAUAAGCCGAAUAGGUGCCAUCAUCCAGGGUGCGGAAAAGCGUUUUCCCGCUUAGAAAACCUCAAAAUCCAUGUGCGUUCCCACACAGGCGAAAGGCCAUAUGCGUGUCCUGCUCCUCAUUGCAGGAAGGCCUUCUCCAACUCCUCAGAUAGAGCCAAGCAUCAGAGGACGCAUUUUAAUGCUAGGCCGUAUGCCUGCGGUGCCAUAGGCUGCGGUAAGCGCUACACCGACCCAUCCUCUCUACGGAAGCAUGUAAAGUCGCAUCCCCACGUGACAGCAUCGCCGCGACCCUGCCUCCCCCCCACCAGACCAAUCAGACGGCCCGAGGAACAGCUGGUGCCAAGUUCACCAGCCAAGCUAACUACAUUGAGGUGUAUUCGAGAUAAACUGACAGUGCCUAAAUUGCAAAAGAUGUAA